AUGGAAUCAAAAUCGAUGACAAUCAGUACUAAAAUAUAAUAGUCAAAUUAUUCUGCAUUAUCUAAUCUACCUAGACAUAUUAUUAAUUAAAUAAAAAAUGAAGGUAUUCUUACAAUCCUAUUAAAGGUGAAUUAUAUAUUGCUGCACCUCAAAAAUGUUCAAGAAUUUGGAUAGAAAUGAGAAAAAAUGAUUUUGUAACUGAUGCUUAAUUAAACUAUACUAUCGUGCAAAGAAUAUUUGAAGCUUGUAGAAGUGAAAUAGUAUAAUUGUUGAAACUGUAGAAUGAAAAGGAUUUCUUUGAGCUUUUUGAUUAAGAUAAUGAUGGGUAAAUAUUAAAUGAAUUCCUUUAGAAUUUUAAAUGAAGAUGAAUAGAUUUUAGUCUUUUCGGUUAUAAAAGAAAAAAUGCAUUAAGUAGCAACUGCUUUAUUGAAAAUUUAAGAAUACAUAUUAUUCAAAUAACUAAUGAAAGAAUUAAGAACUUUAGAAUCAUAUAUAGCAGAUUAUCAAAAUCAAUUAAGAUAACGUAUAUCAAUAAAAGAAAGAAAAGUUUAUAAAGAAAUAGGAUAAGAAAAAUUGGAUGAUUUUUAUGAUAAAUACUAUUAAGAAUUUCAUUAAUUAACUAAAUAUAAGGUAGAUAGAAGGUAUACAGAUAUUAUUAAUUAAGAGCAUAAUUAAAAGUAUCUUAAGAAAAAGAAUUAGGAAUAUUAGAGGAUAGACUUUCUAAAGAUACAGAAUUAAUGAAAGUCAAACCUAAAAAAAAGUUAAAGGAUUUGCAGACAUAAGAGAAAUUGGUUAGUUUAGAAGAAAGAGUUGAGGAAGCAUUAGAUUUUAGAAAAGAAUUAAAAGAUCUAGAAAAACAUGAAUAAGAGAGGGUAUAUAAGGUAUAAAAAUAUCGAAUUGAAAAAUAACAUAGUGAUUUGUUAUUUAAAUAGUAGAAAGAGAGAGAAUAAUUAGAAGGAAAACUAUAAGAAACUGAAUAUAAAUUAAUCAUACAAAUGAAGAAAGAUUAUGAUGUUCUUUUAAAAUAAAUCAAUCUCCAUAAUAAUGAAAUUACAAGAAUUUAAAAUUUAGCUUCAAAUUAAGCUAUGAAGAAAGGAUUAUAUGAAGGAGAAGCUAAAAGAUAGAAAGUUUAAUCAUAAUUAUAAAAUACUAUUAUUGCUUAAACCAAAGCUAUAAGUUAACCAGAAUCUAAAAUAAAUGAUUUAGAUUAAUUUCAUGAAUCAGAAACCCUUAGAAAAUUAGAAUCUAGAAAAAGUCUUUAGUUUAUUGGUUCUCCUGGUAAAGUAAAUAAAAUCUAAUAUCUAAGCCUAUAUAUUCAGAGGAAAGUGAAAAAAGUCCUAUGGGUGCAGCUUUUAAUGGAAAAAAUAAGAACUUUUAUUAAAUUAGAAAAAUUAUCAAAGAUUCUAAAAACAUUACUUAAUUUUAUAUUAAGAAGAAUUAUGGUUCUGUAUUUCAUUAUAUUAUAUUCAUAUAGGAUUUACCAGUUAAUUUUGUUAGAAGUGCACAUAAUAUUUAAGGUGAUUAACAUGAAAAGAUUGAGAGAUUCUUAUCUGUUAAACGAAAAUCUUAACAUGAACUCUUACCUCCUAUUACUUAAUUGUACGAUGAUGACAUGCAAGAAAAAGUAUUUUAUUUCAGAAAUUAUAUAAUAGUAAAUAAAAGCUAUAACAUAAACUGAUUAAGAAAUUAAAAGAGAAAAAGCAUUAAAAAGAGCAUUUAUAAAUGAAAAAUUAUUUAGAAAUGAUUGA